GUUCCGUGCAGGCUCACCUUUCUCCCAGUGAGCCUGUUCGCAGGCUAAAUGAUCGCACGAUCGAUCUAGCAAGUUCAUUGGCGAAGUAAUUUUUGAAAAAUACGUUGUGUUAGUCGAGAAAAUCAAAGUUAAAGUUUUUGUAAAUCAAGGGAAAUCUCCAUCACAUAUAAAAAUACGACACGCUUAUAACUUCUCUUUGUGUUUUCCUCAUGAAUUAUUAAUGAGUUUUUGAAUUCAGAUUAAAAUGCAAGGAUUUCGAUACUUCACCAAACUAGCCCAUUACCUUGAAGUGUCAAUGCGUAUCACGGUUGUCGUCUUUCUACUAUCUGAGAAGGAGUCAGUUUAUAUUGGCGCUGGAUCCUUUGCUGUUCUCUAUUCAUGGAUUACACUCAUUCAAUAUCUCAAACUUGUGCCUAUCAUGGGGAUUUACAUCAUAGUGGUUCAAACGAUUUUCUGGACUCUUAUGAAGGUGUGUCAUGUGAAUAAAACACGCUGUGAGAAGGAAGGGGACAGCAGGGCAACUUGCCCCAGAAUUUAACUUAGAAUGUUAUAAUGUUGUUAUAAAGUAUCGGAAUAUAUUGUCAUUCAUGUACUGCAUGUACAUUUUACUGAAAAUUAAUCUAUACUUUUCUGGUUUUUUUAGAUCUUACUCGUGGUUUGCAUAUAUUUACUGAGCUUUUCCAGCACAUUCUACGUAUUGCUAUCAGAACAUCGUAGCUUUCGUAAUAUGUACAUUUCCGUCGUUUCAACAUUUGUCACCAUGACAUCUGGCAUGUCUAAUUAUCAGAAACACUUUGUCCAAUGUACAUGGAUUGAGGAGGUUUAUGAAAUAAAGCUGGUGAUUCUUGUUUUGUUUAUACUCGUCAUGAUGAUUGUUGUAAACAACGCUCUGAUUGGUCUAGCUGUUGGUGAUACCGAUGAAGUGAUGAAAUCUGCAAAAUUUGAUCGAUUUAAACGAAGGGUAUGUAUGAUAAACUUUAAUACUAGAAGUUACUAUCGCAAGGAAAGUGCUGCCUCACCCCCAAGGGAUCAAAGGCAAGGGAGCAUGCGCAAUUUGCUGAGUAAGGGGCUGUUUAUAUGAUCCCGCUUUGCCAGGACGAGAUACGAGGCGGGAUGAUUUCGAUAUAUUGGAAUAAGUCACGAUGCAUGAUUCAGCAAAAAACAUCAUUUUCUAGAGAUGGAUUAUAGUUAACUGUAAACGAAAGGUUGUUCAAAAAACUAUAAAAAUCUUCUUAAACUACAUGAUCUUCUCUACAACAUUUGAGUUCGGUUAACCAGCAUUUGAACUUUCGUUUUGCCUGGUGACUUAUUUCAAUACAUCAAAAUCAUCCCACCUUCCAUCAUGUAAACAGCUCAGAGUAUGCCCGUUCGCAGGUUAGGUGCUGGGCAUGACCUAACUUGCGAACAGGCAUACCCUUGGUACGAGAUUGCUAAUACGCCUGUUCAUAAACACAUGGGCUUAUACACGGGUGGGCUUAGAACAACAUGGAGGUCAACAUGGCUGCCGAUCGGACUUUAGAUAAGGUGAUUGCUAGAUAGUAUACUUCAAAAUAAGGUUUCCGUUUUUAUAACGUAGAAAAAACCAUCCUAUUAACGCAAAACUAAACCCUAAUACUAAACUUAACCCUAACCCCAACCCUAACCUAACCCUAACCUAAUCUAACCCUAACUUAUUUAAAAAAAAUGAUAUAAAAACGGAAACCUUAUUUUGAAGUAUACUAUCUAGCAAUUUCCCUUUAAGAUAGGUCCGCUGUUAAUGUAUCUGGUCAGCUUGAAGUUAAUUUCUUUAAUGUCGUGUCAAAGUAUAUAGAAUAUAUUGAAUAUAAUAAAAAUAAUAAUCGAAUAAGAUGGACUGGAGACUACGAGAAACUGAAGAAUUUCGUAUCUAAUUUGUUUGGCAACGACGGUAAAUGGAGUUCGCCGGGUGGGAGUGCAAAAUCAUUCCGAAAUGACAGACUAACUAUUACUUGGUAUGCGAACAAGAAAUCUCUCUUGUUUCAAUGUGAACUUGGUGAUAAGCUGAAGGACUUAGUGAUUAACUUAUGCCGGAAUAAAACCCAAAUUCACGAAUCUGAACCGAAUGAGAAUAAAAUUGUUGACCGAUUACUUAAUGAAUUUUGCGACGUUAAGACGAAAGUUCAUCAGUUGUCUGCAGUUAUGAAUAAUCUUUCUGAAGACAUGGCCAUGGUUACAAAUUAUAUUAAAUCUCAAGGUUUUUGGUUCCAAAAGCGCGAAGUGUAAUGUCGCUGUGCAAACGGAUUUGUAUCCAGCAAAUGAGAGCACUAAUCAAACUCGAGUGUGUAGCCCUGACCCAGUCAUAAUGGAAUUAGAUCUAGUUAUAAUGGAAUCAAAGUUCAAUCGAAUAUGUACAGAAAUUGCCGAUAUACAAAAGAAUCAAAAAGAGAUAACGCAGCAUGUAAACUGCAAGUUGGAUUCAGAUGCGUAUUUAAUUGAAAAUGAAAAACUCAUUGAUCAAAUUCAAGCAUUAAAUUCGGAGAUGGAAAAUUACAAAGCAAAUUCGAAUACUGUAGGAAAAUCUUUAGGCGUCAACAAACGUGCCCAACAACAUAAAAAUUCAAAUAGAACAAAAGAAGCACCCAGACGUAUACAAAGUAAUUCCAACCAGCAACCAAAUUUAAAUAGUUGCUCAUCCUCCCAUGAAAUUUCCGUUGUUAAUAAUAACAACGGGAAUACAAAAGAAGUACAAUCAGUUCUAUGAUGAUCGGAGCCAAAUAGAGCAGAAUUCAUGUCCACCGCUAGGGUCGAGUAACUAUCAACAUAUUCCAACUCGUAUAACUGAUAGAAAACAUCAAUCAAACUCCCGAAAAUUAAAUGCAAAUAGAAAUAUCUUAAUAGUCAACGCAAUAGAUAUUGGCCAAGGAAGUCCGAAAUCGGGAAGCAGGAUAAAUCAACAAAACCCAGUAUCGUCAAAGCUAAAAAAUGUGAUAAAAUUGGAGCGCAGGGUUUUCGUAUAACAUCGAACAUGAAAGACCAAACGAAUUGGUACCGGUAUUAUUAUUAAACAGUUCCAUUCAAAGAAUUCCUAAAGUACCGAAGUUAAUGUUAACAAAUGUCAUGUCCCUGGUACCAAAAAUCGAUGAAAUUAAUGAAUUUAUUAUUCGUAAUGAAAUUAAUCUCGCCCUCAUAACAGAAACCUGGUUGAAAAAAUCCGUGUCAGACAGUGUCAUUGAUAUUCCAAAUUUUACCUUAUUGCGCAGGGAUAGAUCAUCGCAGAAUCAUGGAGGGGUGUGUGCCUACAUUAGAGAAUGGUGUGUGCCUACAUUAGAGAAUCACAAUAUAAAUAUAAACGUCUGGACGACCUAAAUUGCUGUGACGACCAUGAAUGCUUAUUGAUUUACUUGAGACCAACCCGUCUCCCUCGUGGAUUUACAUGCAUAAUUAUAACGGUAAUAUAUCACCCACCUGGGGCAGAUGGAAAAUUAUUUCAGGAUUAUCUUUUCCAAACACUCACUUUGGUAGAAUCAAAAUAUCCAAACUGCGGAAUCAUUAUAACUGGCGAUUUUAAUCGUCUUAACGUUACCCGUUUGCUAAAUCACUUUCGUCUCAAGCAAAUUGUAAAGAUACCUACUCGAAACGAUGCUACGCUAGAUCUCAUUUUAACUAAUAUGCACAAGUUUUACAACCCACCUCAAGGUUAUCCAGGAUUUGGGCUGUCCGAUCAUAAUACAAUAGUAGCUACAGGGAAAAUUGCAGUGCAGAAGAAUAAUACUAAAAAAUCGAUAACAAUACGUGACCAGCGGAAAAGUCGUAAAUUAGAAAUGGGAAGAUACUUAAGUUCAAUUGAUUGGACCUUAAUGCUCAGUCACUUGGAUACUUGCGAAAAUAUGUGGACAGUCUUCCAAGAAGUAGUUCAUUCUGGACUAAACACCAUAAUACCAGAAAAACAAAUUCGUAUUCACCAAGCUGACGCUCCAUGGAUGAACCAGAAGCUUAAAUCCCUAAUUUUUAAGAGACAAAAAACUUUCAAUGCGCACGGUGUACAUUCCCCCCAAUUUAAAUAUUACCGAAAUUGUGUCAACAGAGAAAGAAAAGUCUGCAGGGCAAAAUACUACGAAUCCAACAUUAAACAACUUAAAGGAGAAGUCCCAAGGAAGUGGUGGAAUGAGGUUAAGCGGUUAAGUGGAAUAAAGUCGGCAGGCACAAAUUUAUCCCAUCAAAUCAAUGUCGAAGGAUUUACGAACCUCCCUCCACAUGAACAAGCUAACACCAUUAAUACUGCCUUUCUUUCACCCUUGGCCGAAUACAGAAUAUCAGAACCCCUCGAACGUCUUCCGUUAGAAGACCCACCAAAAUUUUUGGAAGUUACUGAAGAACGAGUUCAAAAAGUUCUAGCAAAACUAAAUCCUCACAAGGCGCCUGGACCAGACAAUCUACCAAACUGGAUUUUUAAAGAAUAUUCUUAUCUUUUGGCCCUUCCUGUCAUGAAAAUUAUCAAUGCUUCCUAUUACGAACAGCAGUUGCCUACCAUCUGGAAGAAAGCAAAUGUUUCGCCGUUACCCAAAAAAAAACCAGUGACUAUAUUGGAAAAAGAUCUCAGGCCUAUUUCCCUGACCACCUGCAUCUCUAAAGUGGCAGAGGAAUUCAUUGUUGAGGAUUAUGUUAAACCGGCAAUUCUAGACAUAAUCGAUGCUAGUCAAUAUGGAGCGAUUCCAAACUCGUCAACCACUAUGGCGUUAAUUAGUAUGCUGCAUCACUGGUUUAUAAAUCUGACGGGAAUGGGGCAACAAUAAGGACAAUAUUGUUUGAUUAUCGCAAGGCAUUCGAUUUUAUCGACCAUACAAUUCUUGUAAAGAAGAAACUGGGUAAUUUGAACAUACCUAGAAGUAUAAUUAACUGGAUAAUAGAUUUUCUUUCUCAUAGAACGCAGAGAGUCAAAUUGGCCGAUAGCUGUUUUUCUGAGUGGGGCCUUGUUCCGUCUGGUGUACCGCAAGGUACAAAGCUAGGUCCAUGGUUGUUUAUUUUAAUGAUCCAAGACCUGAAUAUUAAUUCCCCAUACCUGUGGAAGUUCGUGGAUGAUACCACAGCAUCGGAUAUUCUUCCCAAAAGCAAUGUUAGUACAGCCCAAAACAUAGCAGAUCAUAUUAAGCAAUGGUCAGAAGAAAAUAGAUUAAAGCUACAUCCAGACAAAUGUAAAGAAUUGAGAAUUUCUUUUAGUAAGGACCCAGUUGUUCUAGAUCAAGUCAUACUUAAUGGUAUAGAAGUCGAAAUAGUCGAAAGUGCUAAAUUAUUGGGAGUAACAAUAAGUAACAAUCUAACUUGGCAUGCCCAUAUAAAAGAGGUCGUCAAAAAAGCCAGUAAGAGACUAUAUUAUCUGGUUCAAUUAAAAAGAGCUAGGUUACCAGUUAAAGAUCUUGUGUUAUUCUAUACGUCUUGCGUUAGAUCUGUCAUGGAUUACGCAGUACCAGCCUUUUAUCACUCCCUUCCACAAUACUUAAAGAACGAAUUGAUUCGACUGGAAAAAAGGGCUAUUUCAAUAAUAAAUCCAGGAAUGGACUACUCUGCAACAGGAGAAAUUUUGAACAUCAAACCAAUAGAAGAACACCAUAAUUUCUUAUGCAAAAACUUGUUUGAUAAUGUCACAAAGGAUCCAAACCACAAACUUUAUGACCUCCUCCCACAGAGACAUAACUGGCACCACGAUCUCAGAAAUAGUCAUGAAUUUGACAUUCCUCAUUUUAAUACUAAUCGUACUAAAAACUUUUAUAUUUGCGAUGGCAUCGAAGAUGUCUUCGUAACGUUAGUGGUAUCUUUUUUAUUAUCAUCCUAGUAAAAUUUUAAAUAUUUGCAUAAUUUUAACUUAAUAAUUAUAAUAGUAAUUAAAUAAUAAUUCGUAUUUUGUAAACUUUACGUAAUUCAGCCUUUGGCUGCAAUGUAAAUGUUUUAUUAAACUAUCUAUCUAUCUGUUCAGGAUGCAGGAAAAGACCGAAAAGUGCAAUUUGAAUAUCAAACACCUUGCACAAAGUCGAAUGUCGGCUAAAUAUUCUAACUCUACUUUCUUGGCAUGGGGGGUUUUAUAUUCAAGUGUCAUGCGAUGCAAAAUCUCUGAUUCGCAGUGGCGUAGUGACGUAUAAGUCUUUAUAACAGGGAAGACGGCAACUCUUUUGCCCAUAUAGACAUACAUGCUCAUUUCGCAACCAAAAUUUUAUGUCAAAACAACAUGAAAACUUCAAAAAAUGUUUUAUUCGAACAACAUUACUGUGAAAAAAUUAUUUAAAAAAACAAAUACAAAAGUAGAAAAUAUGUGCAAAACUAUUGCUAAUUUGCUGAUAAAUUUCUUGGGACGAUGCUGGAGACAAAAUGCGAUUCCUAUGGUGAAUCUGAUUGAUUGAAAAAAUAAACAAACUUGCGUGAGCUUUCAGACAAAUAUAAUAAACUUGCGUGAGCUUUCUAAAAAUAGCAACACUACAGUGUUUUUAUAUAGAUCAGUGGCUAAGAUGAGCGAGCGCGCGGGGGUGCUUGGGGAGGACGAGCCACUGAUCUAUAUAAAAACACUGUAGUGUUGCUAUUUUUAUUACGUUAUUUGCGCCUGGGUACGAGGCUGAUAUCUGGAUGCGUUCGCUCGCCUUGUACUUGUCUGUUCUGACAGGUCCGCAACGGCACAGAAUAGGAAGGUAUAGCAGAAGUGUAACUCAAGCAAGUAUUUGUCCGCGUUUUUACAAGCAAUUCGUCAUCAAUCACGCCAUCCUGGCUAGUACAACCGGCACUUUGUACCUACCAAAACCUGAUAAAAACUUCCGGUUGUACUAGCCAGGAUGGCGUGAGCGAGUUAAAAUUUUCGUGGACGUAAAACAAUAAAGGAACCAACUCAAGUUACACUUCUGCUGUACCUUCCUAUUCUGUGGCAACGGUCUGUCAACAAGUUUGUUACAAGCUGUUGUGACAGAGCUGUAGCAAUGCUGUUUUCAACAGGCCUGUCGCAAGUUGUUGUGACAGAGCUGCAGCAAUGCUGUUUUCAACAGGCCUGUCGCAAGUUGUUGACACAGAGCUGCAGCAAUGCUGUUUUCAACAACUUGCGACAGACCUGUUGCAAACCGCGAGGAAAGCGCCUUAUGAAGCUUGUGUAUCCACUAUUUUGAACAAAAAAAACCGGCCAAACAGGUUGCCAUAUUUCGGUUGUAGUGUUUCGUGAAAUAGCCAGACUUUGAUAUAAACACUUAUAAACAAACUUGCGAGAUAAUUUUUGAGCAAAACAGCCGAAAAAAUACGACAAAUUAAAGAUUCUUAUCGUAAACAAUUUUCAAAAUUAAUUGGUCUUUAAGUACGACCGAAAUAUGACAACCGACUUGCAUAUUUUUCUUCAAAAUAGUACAUACAAUAACACAAAGCUUCAAUAAGGCGUCUUCCUCGCUCGCAGAUUUCACUUGAAAUUGGAAAGAAAUUAUAUAACGAAUUUCAUAUUCAUCAUCAACAAUGAAGAACGUUGCAGUGAACACUCGGUUGCUCAUGUAUUUUUCAUUUCUUAAACUCUAGAUCUUGUGUUCUCAUUGCCACAGUUUCUUCAAAAAUCAAAACAGCUUUGAACUUGUUUGAUUUUGUUUGAGGCAGUUGUUGAAAUUUUGUUUGGCUCAAAAUUCAAAAACAACUAAACAUGAUUACGUGAUUGAUGUUUGUAAUACAGGAUGUAUAAAAAAAACUGAACAGAUUUGAAAUUGCUCUCAAUUUCGCAAAACAGCUAUUAGUAUCCAGUUUUUUAUAUAUAUAGCUUCUUUGGGUACUUAUAUAAUGUAGAAUAAUGAAAAAAAUUUCUCGAACUCAAAUUUUGUGAACCAGGGGGGGUGCUUUUCCAACAAACUAAAAAUGGCUUGCGCACGAAAUUUAAAAGCUUUAAUCGUAUUUUGAGUUAAUAGAUGGAAAAUUUGUUGGGUUUUUAAUUACUGUACAAAAUUUCAGACAAUUUGCGUUAGUUUAAGCCCUUUAACUAUUCACGCAAACUUACAUUUUUUCCUUAAAAAUCAGCUAUUUGCAUGCUAAUUAAUGCCUUUGCCUAAUGUGCAUUGUGUCAGCAAUAUGCAAAUUAGGUAAAGGCAUUAAUUAAGCAUGCGAAAGGCUGAUUAGUUUUAGGAAAAAAUGGAUAGUUAAAGGACUGAAAUUAAAGCGAAUUCUCUAGUAAAAGUUUGUACAGUAAUUAAGAACCUUUCAUUUGAUUUGGGCCCACAAUAACUGAGCUAUGCUUCAGUUUAGUAUUCAUUAAACAUACUUACCCAACUAAUGACGUCACACAUUGUGCUUAUAUUUUGCACAUUUUUGCAUUUUGUGCGCAAUUAGCCAUUCUUAGUUUGUUGAAAAAGACACCCACCCUCCUGGUUCACAAAAUUGGAGUUCGAUAAUUUUUUUUCAUUAUUCUACAUUAUAAGUACCCAAAGAUACUAUAAACAUAAAAAAACGGAUACUAAUGGCUGUUUUGCGAAAUUGAGAGGAAAUUCAUAUCUGUUCAGUUUUUUUUCAGUAAAUUGGAAUUUGGAUUUUGGAAAUCGGAACUAUUUUUUAGAAAUAAAACAGCGGCUUUUGCAUUUAAUCAGAGAAUAGAUACUAUUGACUAUAGUCUCUCCUAUGUGAUUUAAUAUUGCCACCAAUGACAAUGAUUGAAUGAGAAAGUGAAGCCGGGAGUGUCCAUUUCGUGCGAUUAUAUUUUUCUCUUUACUCACAUUUUCGAUUUGUUUCCCAACAACAGGCUUGUUGAAACUUGUUGUGACAGGACAAAAAUUGUUUGUUGUGGACAGGUUUGUCGCAGGUCUGAUAACAAGCUUGCUGCAGACUUGACAAAAACAACUCGCGACAGAUCUGUUGGAACAAGUUGUAACAAACCUGUUGAUUUCAACAGACUUGCUGCAAGUUGUUCUAUCAGACUUGUUAUCUCUUGUUAGUAACAGAUUUGUAGCGGGUUGUUUCAAAAAGUCGCUACGGCUCUGUUGUAAACAGCUUGCGACAGACCUGUUCCCGCAAGCCUGUUACCGCUUGACGAAACCAACAGACCUGUCGCGACUUGUUGACAACUUGCCGCAAGCCGGUAAAAUCAACAGCUUGCGACAUGCCUGUGAGAUUUCUGGCUGUGUAUACUUUUCACCGUAGGGACCUUGGCUACAGCGUACAAAUUAUAUUCUCGUGUUGUAAAACAGAAUCAAGAACAUAGCUAAUAAUUAUAUAAUAAUUGUGUUUGUGGAAACACCACGUAAAUUUAUCACUGCAAAGCUAAUAUACUUCAACUCCGUUUCAGAGUUGAGCACGACCCAGUUUAUAUGUGUUACGUUUAUGUCUGCCUCUGUUUGUUGAACUGGGGUUAUGUUCAAGACCAUGGAUGUUUGAGGCCGAGCAUUUGUAUAAUUUGAAGAUUGCAUCUGCAAGUAUAAGCUGCCUUCCGUCUCUGUUCUUGUUACCGCUCUGUCAUCCACACAUAAACUUCACUCGAUCUCCUCGAUCUUCGCCCGAAAAGUUUUAACUUCCUCUUAGAAAUACCCCAGUGGAAACGAGGAGCAGCUCAUUCCGCUUCUGUUAUUCUUAUUUGAAGGAAUGUUUUCAUCAUAUCACUGGUCAGGGCCACUGGAAAGGCUCGCUGUCGCGCCGGAACUUCCCACAUCUUGCUCUGUAACGAUGGUCCGGUGUACACAGCCAGAAAUCUCACAGGCCUGUCGCAAUCUGUUGAUUUUACCGGUUUGCGACAAGUUGUCAACAAGUCACGACAGGUCUGUUGGUUUCGUCAGGCGAUAACAGGCUUGCGGUAACAGGUCUGUCGCAAGCUGUUGACAACAGAGCCGUAGCGACUUGUUGAAACAACCCGCUACAAACCUGUUACUAACAAGAGAUAACAGAUCUGAUAUAACAACUUGCAGCAAGUCUGAUGAAAUCAACAGGUUUGUUACAGGUUGUUUCAACAGACCUGUCGCGAUUUGUUUUUGUCAAGUCUGCAGCAAGCUUGUUAUCAGACCUGCGACAAACCUGUCCACGACAAACAAUUUUUGUCCUGUCACAACAAGUUUCAACAAGCCUGUUGUUGGGAAACAAAUCGAAAAUGUGAGUUAAGAGAAAAAUCGUACGAAAUGGAUGAUUCAGGAUUCACUUUCUCAUUCAAGGCAAUAUUAAAUCACAGAGGAGAGACAAAGGCUAUAUGCACUUCGAGCGUUUUCAUUUGUGUUUUCACGCUAAAACGGAUGCAAACACUAUCAAUUUACGACAGAAGCUGUAGUUUAUUUAAUAUAUUGGAGAUAUUUUCCUUUGGAUCGUGUGAACAGGGCGUCAAAACGAUUAAAGGGAAAAAAAGGUUUUGAAAACGCUGGAAAACGACGCCCGUGUGCACAUAACCUAAGUAGCUACUCUAUGAUUAAAUGCAAAAGCGGCUGUUUUAUUUUUAAAAAAUAGUUCCGACACAGAGGAGACAUACAGGGUUGUAACUAGUGUACCCACUUUUUUUGUGCGCCUGCUCGGCAAGUUACUAGAUGCAUGUAUCUGAUUGGAUGACGUCCUGAUGACGACUCACUUUAAACUUGCUGAGCACGCGCAGUUGAUCAUUUUUUGUUUGGUCGCCUGAAAAAAGUGGGUACAUGAAAACGUAAGCUUCCGCAGUGUUCACAACGGUCAGUUAGAGCUCUGUAUGUCUCUACUCUGUGGUUCCGAUUUCCAAAAUCCAAAUUCCAAUUUACUGACGUGUGCUAUCGCUAUAGUUCUUUAAUCUGAUUGGAUAAAGGCGUGUGCACACGUCAUCAUUCCUCGUUGCAAUUGGACGAAAUUUUACAAACAUUUCAAUCACGUAAUCAUCAGUUAGUUGUUUUUGAAUUUUGACUUUUGACUGUUUUGAGCCAAACAAAAUUUCAACAACUGCCUCAAACAAAAUCAAACAAGUUCAAAGCUGUUUUGAUUUUUGAAGAAACUGUGGCAAUGGCCAAGAAAACACAAGAUCUAGAGCUUUAGAAAUGAAAAAUACAUAAACAACCGAGUGUUCAACUUCUUCAUUGUUAAUAUGAAUAUGAAAUUCGUUAUAUAAUUUCUUUCCAAUUUCAAGUGAAUUCUGCGAGCGAGGAAGACGCCUUAUUGAAUCUUUGUGUAUGUACUGUUUUGAAGAAAAAUAUGCAAGUAGGUUAUUAUAUUUCGGUCGCACUUAAAGACCAAUUAAUUUUAAAAAUUGUUUACGAUAAAGAACCUUUCUUUGACUUUGUCGUAUUUUUUUCAGCUGUUUUGCUCAGAAAUUAUCUCGCAAGUUUGUUAUAUUUAAGUCUUGUUAUUUUACGAAACACUACAACCGAAAUAUGGCAACCUGUUUGGCCGUGUUUUGUUCAAAAUAGUGGAUACACGAAGCUUCAUAAAGCGCUUUCCUCUGUUUGCAACAGAUCUGUCGCAAGUUGUUGAAAACAGCAUUGCUGCAGCUCUGACUCUGUGUCAACAACUUGCGACAGGCCUGUUGGAAACAGCAUUGCUGCAGCUCUGUCACAACAACUUGCGGCAGGUCUGUUGAAAACAGCAUUGCUGAAGCUCUGUCGCAACAGCUUGUAACAGACCUGAUGACAAGCCGUUGCGGAGGUACAAGGCGAGCGAACGCAUCCAGAUAUCGGCUUGCUGACAACAUGUUUUAACAGAUCUGUUGCAGAUCUGUUCCGACUUGCGCGAAAUUGGCUGUGUAGAGACAGUCAUUUAAUGACGGAUCUUGUUGCAAUGGCUUAGCUGACGCGUCGUAGACCACACAGAGCUUUGUUGUUCAUGCUUCUUCUCUUAUCAUCUCUUUAUACGAGAGAUAGAAUUGGAAUCCUUUUGACAAAUUCGGUGGACGGCGCGUUUGAUUGCAAAUAAUGUAAUGUAUUUAACAACCUGAAAUUUUCGACCCUAUCGUGUGAGGAGUGUGAGCUCCUCCGAAAAUACUAACCCCUAAAGUAUGUUACUUAUACACAACUUGUGACAUGAUGAAUAAUUAAGUCUAUUUUUCUUUGGAGGCUGAAUUUGUUAUUCAUUUGGAGAAAAGUGCAAACAACAUCUCUUGCUUGAUGAGAGUGAAAGAAGAUAAAUUUCACAUUGACUUUCCUCAACGAAAAAAGAGUCUCCAUAAAAAAUGUUUGGAUUUACUGUACUUCGGUAGACAAAUGUACAAAGGUGACGGUGGAAGUGAAAAAAAUGAAUUCGAACAGGAAGUGGAGAUUACUUUGGAAGAAAAUAUUACAAAAGCAGUUGAAAUUAAAUUAGAAAAUCUUCGUUCAUGCUUACAACAUGAUUUGAAAGGAAUCCAGGAUCAAAAUGAAGUGAAUCUUAACGGUUUGGAAAGAAAGAUGGACAUGAUAUUAGAAAAGUUGAAAUAGAAAUAGAAAACGACAUGAAAGGUCAAUAUUUUCAAAAUAUAUAUAAAUAUAUAAAUUAAUAUCCUAAUCCUGAUCAUUUGCAAUACAAAACUGAACAGGGUUUGUCUGCAUUAAUUUGUCAACACUUCAAACAACUAAGUGGAAUUAGGGCCUUGACCAAUACUAGGUUGCAAAUACGUGGCAAUGCAAAGCAAGGUCUUAGUAUAAGGCAGGCCAGCUAAAUAUAUUGUCUAUAAAUACUUCAAAGAAAAGUUUAUUCUAUUUAGAUCUCAUAACAAAAAGCAAAAUUUUACCGUAACAAUUUCGAUCAUUAAAAAUGAAAAAAUUAAGCAAGCCAAAAAUACCACAUUCCUUGGUAAUGUUAUUGAAUGACCACGUUGAUUUAAUAGCAAAAGAAAUUAUUAAGUCUGCUGGAGUAAUCGCCAAAAUACGUCAUUUUACAAAUUUAAAUGCUCGAAAACUAUGCGUCUUAUCCAUAUCUAAUCUAUGGCAAUAUAUUAAUUUGGGUAAUACAUACACAAAAAGAAUUCAAAAACCAAUGAAUAUACCAAAACAAUUGUGCGUCUUACGACAUUCAACUCUUACUUGGCACAUAGCGAACCAAUUUUUAAAGAAUUUUGGACAUUUACAAAAUAAAUUAUUAUUUAACUAGAUUAUUUAUUUUUCGAUAUCACCAUGUAAAAAAUUUACGAGCUAUUCGCUAAUUACUUUGUGAAUAAUGAUUAAAUCCACCAACAUAAUACAAGAAAUAAAAAAUACCUUCUCAAGUCGUUUAAAAGAACAAAUUAUGUGAAGGAUAAUCUUUCUUAUAAAGGAGUCGAUAUUUGGAAUGGACUGAAAUCUAAUUCUUUUUUCACACUAGUCACAUGCACUUAAAGAAUCACAGUCAACCGUGAUGCUUCGCGCGCUAUGUGAAUGUUUACAUGUACGGAACCGGAACUAAAAAUAGCGUUGUCUUCGAAAAUAUAGUCAUACACUAAAAAUGAUACGCAUUAGCUUCAUUAUAAACAAAAAACUUUAAUUACCCGUUGGUGUUUUGAUGAAAUCCUGAUUCCUGCCCCAUCGCCUGCUACGUUCACGCAGUUCGUCCAUGCUUUGAUGGAGCAGGAUUUCCGCGAACUCGCUAUGCGAAAGUCCCCGUAUUCCCAGGCUUUUCAUCCUUUCCGUCCAAAGGACGGUUGUUCAAGUAUCGUUGAACUUGUCAACGAUAUUCGUUUUGAUAUACCCUCACUUGUUGGUCUUCCACGAACGGGAAAUGCAGAAGCCAUGAUUAGCCAUCUACUUUAUAUAUAAAAUGAGAAAACUUUCUAAAAUCAUUGCUGAAGAUAAAAACACACGCCAAAAUCUCAAUCAAUGAUCUAUUAAGGUGGCUCCCUAGGGUUUUUGAAUUAUAUUAUACUAUAGUAUCCAGGAGACCCCUGUUUCUUCACUUUACAUGACAUGAAGACGAAAUUUAUUGGACACAUUAUUGACAAUGCUCUCCUGAACAUUGCAAGUUGCUACUUUUGUGUUGAAUGUCUGUUGCCACAGCAACAGCAUGCUUAGAAUAAAGCUCAAAAUUUGUCUUUUCAGGCCAUUUUAAAAAUUCCCUUUGGUAAAUUGUUUUUUUAUACGUUGCAUAAAAGAUAAUACUGGUAUCAUGAUUUUUUUCUUCAAUUUUAAAAAAUUCUAUCUGUAGACUACGUUUCUUAGAAAAUUUAAAAAAGUCAAAAAUCAGUAAUACAAUAUUAAAAAUUUUCCCUUCGAUGGAAUUUUAAGAAAAAAAGGAUAUCGCACUUAUUGUGUCGAUAUUAAAAGAUGUGCAAAGUUUUAAAAAAAAUUACCGAAGGAAAAGGGUCGAGAAAUUUAGGUUUAAUUUUGGCAUUUUUACGAGAUGAGACGUGAAGAAUGAUCACAUCUGACGUGUACAUGCAUUUCGUAAACAACCAGGCAUGAUUACAAAAUAUAAAUUAUGUUCGAUACAUACUGUUUUAUUGUGUAGGUUAAUGGUCAGCUAAGCGUGGAUUAUUACAUGUAAAAUUGGCAAAGAUAUUUAGGUAAUUACUUGUUGGUAUUAAUUUGAAAUUUGGUAUUAAUUUGCUUUAAUUUGGUCAUGCAAGAUACACUUUAUCCGGGCAAAAUGUGUCUAGUGCCGUGUGUAUAUAGCCUAAAUGAGGUGUAAAUCUGGACAAAGCAUAGAUAACUAAAUGCGCAGUUUUCAAAAGUAUUUCCUCGCAUUUGAAUUCGAUAGAUAAGUUAAAUGUCCCACAAUAUUUAGAAUAAACAUGCCGUGCCUAAGUCAGCUAACUUUUGCCGUUGUGCUAAAAGCAAAUUUUCAUGUCUUUGUUUUUACGGUUCACGAUUUUCUAUCGGACUAUGAAUAUUACAUGACAGCCAGAUAGCAAUAUUACUCCACUACGCUUUGAGAAACUAAGCCAGCUUAGUCAACUUAACGCUUAUAAUUAAUUGUUAUAAUUAGUCGUUCACAUUCUUGAGAAGCUUUUAUAGACUAUUGUGAUUGUGUUCACAAGUCAACAAUAGACAAGACAAUGUCUUUCUUAUCGUUUGCGUUUGCUGAUAUAUUUGCUGAAUAUUAAUGAUAUGUAUAUAUUAUUUGCUACGAAUACAGUCAAAAAUUGCUUGUAUCUUGCUUCUAAAGUCAAAAUUGAAAAAUCGAACACCGUCAAUCGAUGCGGAAUAUUGCUUAGAAUAAUUGUGUCAAAUUUCAUUCCGAUCAGACAAGUAAUGACGGAGCCUUAGGUUUUUUUCAAAGAGCGUCGCCCCCUAACAACAACAACAACAACAACAACAACAACAACAACAACAACAACAACAACAAGAUUAGCAGCGAUUGGGGACCAGUUCCUGGUCCAAUAAACGGGGCGCCCGGCUUCGUAGUAAUUUCCAACACAAAGCAAUUUUACUUUACAUGACAAACCGGGCCAGCCCGUUUAGCUGGGAUCCCACUUGACUCAAACGGGAGCCCGGUCAGCUGGGCUGAAAUUUCUCCAUGUAAAGUAUCCAGCCCGGCCAACCGGGCUAGAACAAAAACUUCAUUUAAAACAAAAAUAAAAGACAGAAACUGAUAUUUUUCUUGACAAAGUUUUAUUUCUUCAAUUAAUCUUGCCGACAAAGUAGUUUUAAUCGAUUAAAUUUGCUAAUAAAGCACAAAUUCGACUUCCGUGACAUACGUUACACUGUUAAAUCGUAAGCAAGUUUUUCCCGCCAAUUUUCGUCAGCAUGCAUUUCAGCCCGGCAAACGUCUCAUCCCGGCUAGCCGGGCUCAUGUAAACAGCCCCUUAGUAUACUAUCGGCCGAUGUUUUCGCAAAACGCCAGUUCAAAUUUCAGUUUUUAUGGUGGUAUGUUUGUGGAGUUUCGGCCCUGCUCAUUUCACCCGCGUAGAGGGCUCAUUAUUUAAGUCAUCUUUAUUGUAUUAAGUGCUGUUAGAUUGUGCAGAAAACACUGCAACUGAAUACUUGAGGAAACUUUAUAUCAUAUUCCAAUGUUCGCGAUGCGACCUUCGCGUACGGCGGUCAAGAGCGUCCUGAGAAUACCGCCUGAAAACUGAAACAAAUUUACAUUAUCUGCCGUCUGAAACAUCACGUCCAAGUAUCGUUGUGGAUUUUAGAACUCUUUUUAUGCUUUUAACUAAAGAAAAGUUCACACAUUUGUUUCAAAAAAGAGUUCCAUAUAAAAUACAACGUUCGUUCGUAUUAGGCUAAUACACGCGAUAGUUUACAUAUAUACGAAGAACGUAACUCCUGGGAAUAAAACCCUAGGGAGCCAUGCCUUAAUAUAUUCCAAUUAUGAAAAUAUGACUUCGUUUAAGAAUAAUGCAGAUUGAUAAGGAUACGCUUUGGAUGUGAAUCUUUCAUUCUUUCGUCACUAAAGUGGCUAACAAAAUGGCGGAAUACAAAACAAUCAAAACAUUUUAGCGCGCAAAGCAUCACGGUUGACUGUGAUUCUUUAAUUAUACUGUUAUAGUAUAUAGUUUUUCAGCUUUUCUCUCUUUCUUUUCUUUUAUACUUAUAAUACCUAUAUGUAAUAUAUUUUAAAUUUGGUUGACUGUAAUUAGAAGGUUGUUAUAACUAGGGGUCUUAAAUAUAAACCAUUAAUCAAGUAUCAGAAAUGUACUUAUUAAUCAAGUAUCAGAAAUGUACAUUGUAGAUAUAAUUAUGAUUUAUGGGCAAAAUAAACAAAACAAACCAUUGAUACAGACUACAGUUAUCUAUAUUUGAUAUAAUCAGUGCUGUGAGUAACCUCGUUACAAGUAAAUAAUGUAAUUGUUACUUUUUUGGGAAGGUAACGUUUUACUGUAACUAGUUAUUAAAAACAUUUAUAAAAGGUAACGCUAACUGUUACUUUCUGGCCUCGAGAGAGUCGUUACUUUUGGCGAUAUCCAACGUAUAUUUUUUUAUGCUAAGUUUCGACGACACAGAGUUGUUUGCUCAACCUUGCACUCACGGC